UGCGGCUCCCAGGAAGUGGUGGCCGUCCUUCAGGAGUCCAUCCGUCUCCUCCUGGAAACACCAGUCCAUGAAGAGGUUGAGAGCAUUGUCUGGUCCUCUGGCACACCCCUUGCACCUGUGGUGGCAGGGAGACAGGGAAAGCCGGCUACCCUCACCGUGGUCAACCCUCGCUACCAGGGCCGAGUGAGUUCCCUGGACCCCAGCUCCUCCCUGAAGAUCAGCAACUUGAGCUGGGAGGAUGCGGGGCCUUAUGAAGCCCAAGUCAGCCUGAGGACGCCCCAUGUGACCCGACAGUGUUACAAGCUACGCGUCUACCGUCGGCUGUCGGAGCCCCGAGUCACUGUGAACUUAGAGAUCUCAGGGCACGAGUUCUGUCAUAUGUCCCUGACGUGUUCCGUAGAAAAUGCAGGCAUGGAUGUGACUUACAGCUGGAUGCACUCCUGGGAAGGUGGCACUAACAUAGUCCAAGAAGGCCCUGUCCUCAACAUGUCCUGGAGGCCUGGGGACAGUGCCCUCUCCUACAUCUGCAGGGCCAGCAACCCCGCCAGCAAUGUCAGCUCCCGUCUGUUUCAUGCUGGGCUUUUCUGUGCAGAUCCUGGAUCUCUCUCUGAGAAGGCCUCGUCUUCCUUCUGUGUCCUGGUCAAGGUAUUGCUCCUUCUCUUGCUCCUGGGCACUCUGACUGUGGGGCUCCGAUGCCAAGUAUCAAAGAAAAGAACCUCAGGGCAACAGAAAGCCACUGAAGAGGAAGAGGACGCCUGGCCUCAGCAGCUUGGCAGGGACUGCCGUCCUUAG